AUGCUAUCUUUUGCUCGCAGCACCGCUGACGCUCGGGGGCUGGUGCAAGGUGAAACUUCUAGAACAAAAGAGAUUCAUCCUUAUAAGGUUCCCAGGAGGGAAGAUAUUUCUUAUGGUCUGUCAGGAAACCUAGAGGCAGGGCCCGAGGCAGAGAGAUUAGUGGGCACUCUGAUUCCUUCUAAACCUUCUUUGUGGAACAACUCUACUUUUAACACUAUGGCUUUUGCUUGUCAUUUAUUUUCCUUCCUUAGGAAAUUCCCAGAUUAUUAUCAUAUGCUUCCCUCCAUGUCUCUUUCCCAACUGUCAACUUUUAUGGAGGUCCAUCUUGUGAGAUGUUUCUUGGUGGGGAAAACGUUAAGGGAAAAAUGCUCUAACACGCUAAAGAGAAUGUAG